AUAGGUGACGAUCUCAACACGUUCUUGCGUAUAAGUGCAAGCAAAAGCAGAAAGAUACAAAGAGCAAGAGCGAGUCGUUUGGAGAGAGAGGCAGAGAGAUGGAGGAUUUGCCACCAGGGUUUCGGUUCUUCCCCACCGAAGAAGAGUUGGUUUCCUUCUACUUACGGAACAAGCUCGAGGGAACAAGGCAGGCUCUCCACGGGCUGAUUCACCGGGUCAUACCCGUCCUCGAUAUCUACGAGUUCAAUCCAUGGGACCUUCCACAAUUUGCGGGAGAUCUAUGCCGCGGAGAUCCAGAGCAAUGGUUCUUCUUCAUCCCUAGGCAAGAAAGCGAGUACCGCGGUGGGAGGCCGAGGCGGCUCACGACCACUGGGUACUGGAAGGCUACAGGCUCUCCCGGUUUUGUCUACUCGAGCAAUCGCAUUGUGGGUGUGAAGAGAACUAUGGUGUUCUAUACAGGACGGGCUCCGAACGGCGUGAAAACUGAAUGGAAGAUAAAUGAGUACAAGGCCAUUGAAGGGGAGGCCUCCUCUCCUCAAGAAAUCCCAGUGGUGCCCAGGCAUGAAUUCAGCGUGUGCCGGGUGUACAAGAAAACGAAGACCUUGAGGUCGUUCGACCGGAGACCGAUGGGAGAAAUCAUCAGAAGCAGCCACACAUUUCCACAGAACACCAUGCCAGAGGAUGAUCAUCAUGAGCAUCAUCAGGAAAUGGCAUCGUCUAGCCGGAGCAGUCCUCCAUUCACGGAGAGAGCGAGCUCAUCGCCAGACAGUUCAUGCGCCACCGGAGACCACGGGACAAUCCCUUCGCAAGCAGGAGGAGUAGGAAGCAGUACUGACAUGGAGAUGCUGCCCGGCGACAGCGAAUUGUUCUUGCCAGACUGGGAACAGUUCUGGUCUUAGUUAAAGACGGCUAAUUUACUGCGUAUAAA